AGUGCGCUUGGGAAUUUCAAGAAUCCAAUCUGGCGAGAGAUGCUGCUGCAUUAUAUAACCAACACUCCGAUUUCAGUUCCGCAUUCUUAUUCUGCAUUCAGCUCUCAUCAAUCUCCAUUCCAUUUCCGCAAAACUCUUCCUCAAUCAUCUCAUCAUCCUUCUCCAUUAGGACAAUUACAUAAACGUCUACACGUCUGCUCAGGAAUGGAUGCCAUUGGAGUUAGCCUCAAAAAGGAAGUUGCUGUUGGUGUAGAUGCUUCCAUUGAGGAAGAAUAUGUUUCUCUAUCUAAAUUGUAUAAAGAGUUCACAAACAUGUCAACCAUUGAUAAAGCAUGGACCUACAAGUCCCCUAAUGGAAAAGGAUCUCAUGCUACAUUUUCAAUUGGUCAACCGAAUCUUUUUGCAAACAAGAAGAAGAAACUUAUGUUAUCAAGUUUCAUCUCUGAAGAUUCUAAUGGCACUUUACAUGUUCAAUGGUCACCAUUUCCAAUUGAAAUCACAGGUGCAUCUGUAAUGGUUCCCUCUCCAUCAGGGAAAAAGCUUCUUGUGAUACGAAACCCUGAAAAUGAUUCACCCUCUCAGUUUGAAAUUUGGGGCCCACUGCAAUUAGAGAAGGAGAUUCGUGUUCCUCAAUCUGUUCAUGGUUCUGUGUAUGUGGAUGGAUGGUUUGAGGGGAUUUCAUGGAGCUCAGAUGAAAGUCUCAUUGCUUAUGUUGCAGAGGAACCGAGUCUCUGCAAACCAACAUUUAAUGAUAUGGGUUACAAAAAAGAUGUGGGUCCCACAGAUAAGGAUUGUAAUAGCUGGAAAGGUCAAGGGGAUUGGGAAGAGGAUUGGGGAGAAACCUAUGCAGGAAAAAAGCAACCUGCUCUAUUUGUCCUUAAUAUUGACAGUGGAGAUGUUCGUGCUGUAGAUGGGAUUGGGAGGUCAUUGAGUGUGGGACAAGUUGUAUGGGCUCCAACAACAAAAGGGUCCGGGUCCGGGUCCCAUCAAUAUCUAGUUUUUGUCGGGUGGCCCUCUGACACUCGAAAGCUUGGAAUGAUAUACUGCUUCAAUAGGCCAUGUGCAUUGUAUGCAGUAAAGGCUCCCUUAUUUGGAACAGAAAUCAAAGAAAAUGCUAUAAAUGAUGUUUCCGUCAUCAAUCUUAGUCAAAGCACAAGCAGUGCUUUCCUCCCACGGUUCACUCCAGACGGAAAGUUUCUUGUGUUUUUAUCUGCUAAAAGUGCUGUAGACACUGGAGCACAUAAUGCUACAAACUCUCUUCAUAAAAUUGAAUGGAACAGUGAAGGAGAACCAAGUCCAGCCAAGAUCCUUGAUGUGGUUCCUGUGGUGAUGUGUCAUGAAGAUGGUUGUUUCCCUGGGAUCUACUCUCAUAAUGCUCUGAGUAAACCAUGGCUUUCAGAUGGAUCCACAAUGAUUAUAUCCUCCAUUUGGGGAAGCAAGGAAGUAAUAAUUUCUGUGAAUGUGUUAAGUGGGAAAGUUUCAAGAAUCACUCCCAGCGAUUCAAAUCAAUCAUGGAGUUUACUUUCACUUGAUGGAAACAACAUCCUUGCUGUAUGUAGCAGCCUAAUAGACAUCCCUCAGAUCAAAUAUGGUAGUCUAGCUAAGGACGAAUCAAAAGACGCCACCUGGCAUUGGCAGGAUGUUUCAACCCCAACAUCUGAAAGUCAUGAGAAAGUCAAAUCUUUACUUUCAUCUCUUCAAUUUGACAUACUGAAGAUUCCUGUCAAGAAUGUCCAAGAAAAUCUCACAAAAGGUGCCAAUAAACCUUUUGAAGCAAUAUUUGUAUCCUCAAAAUCAAAGCAUGAGGCUUGUGACCCAAUGAUUGUAAUCCUUCAUGGGGGCCCACACACUUCUUUGUUGUCAAGCUUCUCAAAGUCCUCUGGUUUUCUUGCUUCAUUAGGAUACAGUUUGUUGAUUGUAAAUUACAGAGGUUCACUUGGAUUUGGUGAAGAAGCACUACAAUCACUUCCAGGGAAAGCCGGAUUGCAGGAUGUAAACGAUGUCCUCACAGCAAUAGAUCAUGCCAUUGACAUGGGGCUUGCAGACCCCUCGAAAAUAACCGUGGUCGGUGGGUCCCACGGUGGUUUCUUAACAUCUCACUUGAUUGGUCAGGCACCCGAUAGAUUUGUUGCAGCUGCUGUGAGGAACCCUGUGUGUAAUCUUGCUUUAAUGGUGGGCACAACAGAUAUUCCUGAAUGGUGUUUUGUGGAGUCGUUUGGAAGCAAAGGGCUUUCUACCUAUACAGAAGCCCCAUCACCUCAACUCCUCAAAUUAUUUCAUGAUAAAUCCCCUAUUUCACAUCUUCCAAAGGUGAAAACUCCAACACUUUUCCUAUUAGGUGCUAAAGAUCUUCGUGUCCCCGUUUCAAAUGGAUUGCAAUUUGCAAGGGCAUUGAAGGAAAAAGGAGUUGAAGUGAAAGUAAUUGUUUUUCCUGAAGAUACACAUGCUAUUAGCCGACCACAAUCGGAUUUCGAAAGCUUUGUUAAUAUUGGAGUUUGGUUCAAGAAGUAUUGCAAGAAAUAAGGUGGGGUUUCAUUGGAGAACAAUUGCUAUGUAAUGAUAUAUUUUUGUUUUGAAAAAAAAACCAUUUUAAAAAUAAUUUAAAGGCAAAUUUGAUGAAAAUGAUACUCAUUGGAAA